CGUUGAAAACCCCCAUAUAUGGGCUUCUAUAUAUGGAAUAGUACGUAUUAAAUACUAAUACAUAUUAUUUUAGGUAUAGCCUACAAAAGAAAAAUCUGAAUUCUAAAAUUCUUGGAUGUAUAUAAUAACAACACACCGACCUCUUCCUUCUCAAAUUUCUAACUCUCUCUCUCACACACUAAACCCAAAAACACACAAAAACCAAAUUUUAUUUCCUUCUCUAUAGCUCAAAUCUUCUCACCAAAUCACCUCUUUCGUUCACACUUUAUUAUCAACCCUCUAUUUAUAAAAUCACAAGGACUCAAUUCCAAGAAAAUGGAACGUGACAGCUGCCGGAGAUUUCAAGAUUCGCCGGCGCAGGCAACGGAGAGAAGAAGAGUGAAGAAUCAUCCAAAGAAGAAAAGAGCCAAAGAAGACGAUGAUAACGAAAAGGUCGUCUCGAAGCAUCCAACGUUUCGAGGUGUCAGAAUGAGACAAUGGGGGAAAUGGGUUUCUGAAAUAAGAGAGCCAAAGAAGAAAUCAAGAAUCUGGCUCGGUACCUUCUCAACUGCCGAGAUGGCGGCGCGUGCUCACGACGUGGCUGCUUUAGCCAUCAAAGGCGGUUCAGCCCAUCUCAACUUCCCGGAGCUAGCUUACCACCUCCCUAGACCAGCUAGUGCCGACCCUAAAGACAUACAAGCCGCCGCAGCAGCAGCUGCAGCCAUUAAUGACAUGGAGGUAGAGACGUCACCGUCGCCGUCACCAACUGUUACCGAUACGUCAUCUCCGACUAUGACAGCCAUAUCCGACGACGCGUUCUCCGAUCUCCCCGAUCUCUUGCUCGACGUGAACCACAAAAUCGACGGCUUCUGGGAAUCUUUCCCCGACGAAGAGGAACCCUUCCUCUCUCAAAGUUACUAGAAACUCAAAACGUUGUCGUUUUUGUAUGUAUUUUCUCUUUUUUUUUUUUCUUUUUUUUUUUGUCAUCUGAACAAAUUUUUGACGUUGAUAAUCCAAAUUGUAUUGACAAAAUUCCAAAUUUGUAUGAUUUUGAUUAGUCGUUUUUUUCUAAGAUAUUCGUAAGUGGGAAAAUGUGUGAUAUAUAUAUGAAAUGUAAGUAAAACGUUACUAUUUGUUUUGCUGCCAGAAGAAAGAAAAAUAUGAAGGUCAGUGAUGAGUCAGUGACAAUUGACAAAGUCCCAUGUUUGUUUGUAG